GUUGUCUACAUAGAUAUAAAUACUGUUUAUUUAACCGGUUCAGACACUUCUAGUAACAUCGACAAUGCGGAUCGCAGUGUUGGCUCUUGUGGUAGUUGCUGUGGCAGCGGCCCCCAGCAACCCAUCACGGAUCGUGGGGGUGACCUCACCACUAUCGAUAAAUACCCAUCAAUGGCCGCCGUCCUCCACACUCUCGACAUGGUGAACUUCCAGCAACAUUGUGGCGGUACCAUUAUCAACAACCGAUCUAUACUCAGCGCGGCCCACUGUGUAUAUCUCGAACCUACUGAGGUUAUUCGUGUCCGCAUUGGCUCUUCCUACAGAAGUAGUGGCGGUGAAGUCUUGCCUCUUGCGGCUUUCCUGAUAUAUCCAACUUAUACCACACAUAAGUAUGAUGAUGACGUUGCUAUAUUACGAACUGCGGUCGAGAUUAAAUACAGCGCCACCGUGCAACCCGCCCCUAUCGCCGGCUCCACCUACAAUUUACCAGAUAACGAGGUUGUUUGGGCCACGGGCUGGGUGCAACUGAAACAGAUGAUCAUUCCGAGCAACUUCGCGAUGUACAAGUGUGGACCAUCUCAUACGAGACUUGCAGGUGGUUAUACUUGUUUGGUGUGCCCAUCACACCUGACAUGUUGUGUGUUGGCUGGCUCGGCGUCGGCGGUCGUGACCAGUGUUGGGGCGACUCCGGGCGGCCCCGUCUUCCACAACGGUGUUGUCGUCGGUAUAUGUGCAUUUGGAGGUGGAUGCCGUACACCCGAAUCAUACCGAUUGCCUGGUGGCAACGCCCGCGUCAGCAGCUACUCAACCUGGAUCCAAGCCAAUGCCUAAGAUACA